AUGACUUCAGUACUUGUUAAUCGGCAGAACAGCCAGCAGACCAUGACAACACCAAUGGGCGAUCGCAUUCCACUCAAGGUCUCCCACCCCAAUCCCUCAUUGCAGGUGACCGCAGACCACAAGCUCAAAACUGUCGAGACGCCUGUUUACGCCCCCAGGCCAGGCGAGGCAUUGGUUCAUAUCAAAGCAACGGGAAUUUGCGGGUCAGAUAUUCAUUUCUGGAAGGCCGGGCGCAUCGGAUCGUUGGUGUUCGAAGGCGACUGCACGAUUGGCCAUGAAGCUUCGGGUAUCGUUCUGCAGUGCGGCGAGGGGGUCAAGCAUUUGAAACCAGGUGACCGCGUUGCCGUCGAACCUGGGGUUCCCUGUGAACAGUGUUUCCUCUGUGACGAGGGACGUUAUAACCUGUGCGAGGAUGUCCAGUUUGCAGGGGUUUACCCUUACGAAGGUACCAUUCAGCGUUACAAGAACCACCCUGCCAAAUGGCUUCACAAGCUACCCGACAACGUCACUUUUGCCGAGGGCGCACUUCUCGAGCCACUUUCGGUGGUGAUGCAUGGCAUCCAAACGGCCGGUCUUUCAUUGGGCCGCGGUGUGGUUGUAUGCGGUGCAGGCCCGAUUGGCUUGAUCGCGUUAGCUUCAGCUCGUGCCUCGGGUGCACACCCUAUCGUGAUCACAGAUCUAGAGCCGUCUCGGCUAGCCUUUGCCAAAGACUUUGUCCCGUCUUGCAUUACCUAUGAGGUAGAUCGUACCAAAGAUGCAAAAAGUAAUGCAGAGGCUAUUCGUGCUCUCUUUGGGUCUGGCGAAUAUGCUGCUCCCGAAACCAUACUCGAGUGCACAGGUGUGGAAAGCAGUGUGUGCACUGCUGCAUAUACUGCACGGCGAGGAGGCACAGUGAUGGUGAUUGGGGUGGGAAAGGCGAUAAUGAACAACUUACCUUUUAUGCAUAUUUCCCUGGCAGAGAUUGAUCUUCGGUUCAUUAAUCGCUACCGUGAUACCUGGCCUCCAGCAAUCGCCUGCCUAAGUGGUGGCAUCUUGGACCUGAAUAAACUUGUCUCACAUGUUUUCCCUCUUGAAAAAGCUCAAGAUGCACUCCACCUUUGCGCUGACACUCGAAACGGGAGUAUCAAGGUGUUAGUGGUUGAUGAGCAAGAGGCUUCCUGA